GUGGAAAUUUCUAAAGGGAGCGAUAAAAUAUGUGUGAUUGUGUGUGUGCUUGAUUUACGUAGAAUACUUAUAAAUGUAAGUUUUCAGGCAUUCCGCCAUAUUGUUGGCACAGCAAAAAGUACGGAACAAAUUUGACGAAGCGAAAAAAAAACUUCUUUUUUUUACAUAUUUCGCAAAACACUAGCUUAGCAGCAAAAGCUCAUAAUUGGCCAAAUAUAAUAUAAACACAAUCAGAAAAAUUACUGUGAAAAAUAUUCAAUCGAAAACGUUGGCGAGAUUAAAAUUUAUAAAAAUGUUUGAGGUGUUGUGUUAGUAAAAAAGGUUUUUUUUUCGUGUAAAAACCUCCAAGAGAAAAUUGAGAAGCGAAAAGAAGAAGGGAAUAAAAAAGAAUACGAAAGGGAAAUCUUGGUGUGUAGAAAGUACGAUAGAACGAAUUAAGAGAGAAAAAAAUCAAGAAGAGAGAGAAAAAAAAGUGGUGAACGCAACGCACAUGAAAUUAAAUGCAUUGGAAUAAGCUAACCGUAAUUUAUUGGGUCACAAUGGCGACUUUUUGAAAUCGAAACAAAUAAAUUAAGUUUGAGUUCGAUUUAUAUUUUAUUUUUCCACUUUCAUUGCAAGUGUGUUUAUGUUACGUUUUUUCUAUGGCAAUAUGUUAACCAGAGAUCAGUUCAACGCCAUGCAUUUAUGGCGAUUCAUUAUUUUUGUUUUGAUCAUAUUAUCCAUUUUGGUUGGAUUGACAUGGGAAACGGAGCCACCAAAGACCAGUGAACCAAAACCCAUCAAACACAAUGUUGUUAAAGCAUGGGCUGAUAAAUUGGGUGUUGAAUUAUGGCAUUUGGGCAAUUUUAUAACACGAAAAAAAGAAGUACAAGAAAGCUUCAAAAAUGCUCAAGUUGUGCCAAGAGAUGGAAAAAAGAUUCUGGAAACGAUGGCCACUGAGCUAGAGUCCAUGAUUAAGUCGAAGACCAGCGCGGUCCAGCGUAUUGUGGAUGCUGCUGAAAAUGCCGCUCAAUCACAUGACGAAGAAGGGUGUGACGAAAAGUUUUUCUAUUACGAUGCAAAGGAAAUGCUGGCACCGGGUGAUACAACAACAACCGCCGCACCAAAAAAGUUCGACGACAGAUCCCUUGAGCCACCUAACGUAACCAUAGCACGUAUCGUGCUAUCACCGAAUCGAAAUUUUUAUAAUACUCCCGUCAAUCUUUCGUUAAGCUCCGUACAUGUACCUACGAAUGUGUACGGAAGAGCUUGUGAUGUUAUAAAGGACAUUCAAUGGUCCCAACAAUUAGAUAGUAUAUUCAAAGAUAAUUAUCAAAAGGAUCCAACAUUAUCAUUCCAAUUUUUUGGUGGAUCGAAUGGAUUUAUGCGACAAUUUCCAGCGUCUCAAUGGAAAUUGGAACCAGUAGAUUUAUAUGACUGCCGUUUGCGCCCGUGGUAUAUAGAAGCGGCGGCCAGUCCAAAAGAUAUGGUUAUUCUAGUCGAUAUAUCAGGUUCAAUGCGUGGUCAGCGUAAAGAUAUCGCCAAACAUGUAGUUUCAAAUAUAUUGGAAACCCUAACCACAAAUGAUUUUGUCAAUAUAUUAAAAUUUUCGGAGCGACCUGAGUCGGUUGUAAAAUGCUUUAAUGAUACAUUAGUGCCGGCAACAUUAGAUAAUAUACGAAGUUUAAAUGCCGGCAUGGAAAACAUUGAAACUGAAAAGAUUGCAAAUUAUAAAAUUGCGUUAGAAAAUGCCUUUGAAACAUUAAAAGCUUUUCGAGAAAAUGAUGAGGGUGCCGGUUGUAAUCAGGCCAUUAUGUUAAUAUCGGACGGUGUACCGAACGAUUUUAACGAAACAUUUAAAUUGUACAAUUGGCCAAAUGAAACAUAUCGACAUGUUCGAUUGUUUACGUAUUUAAUUGGUAGCGAGGUGCCCGAUUUUCAAUUGAUUAAAGAGAUGGCAUGCAUCAAUCAAGGUUAUUAUGUGCAUUUAAGCGUUCCAUCCGAAGUGCGCGAACAAGUCUUACGUUAUAUACCAGUAAUGGCACGACCGCUCGUACUUGGCCGACACGAACAUCCCGUCAUUUGGUCACAUGUGUAUGCUGAUAUUAUUGAUCCAAAAAUGACCGACUAUAAUUGGGAAAUUAUGCAACGACAAACGCAAAAGGAUCUAUUUUUAAAAUUUCAAUCAGGCGAAAAUAGAACAUUUGAGAGAAGAGAUGAACGCGAUAGGCUACGCCUUGAGCCAAGUGACGAGGAUAAUAAUUUUGAAUAUAAUAUGCUGACUACUGUUUCAAUGCCAGUGUAUGAUCGGCGAGAAAGAGCGAAUAUCACCGAAGAAAUUCUUAUAAAUGAGGCUCAUUGGAUAUCAAUUACACGUGAGACGGCAAUCGCAAAUUUAUUGGGUGUAGCUGGAACAGAUGUCCCGAUUCGUGAUAUCAAAAAGUUGAUGAUGCCCUUUACGUUGGGCGUUAAUGGUUACGCGUUCAUAGUAAAUAACAAUGGCUAUGUUUUGACCCAUCCAGAUUUAAGACCAAGCUUUAAAGGUAUUUUAAAGCCAGCAUACAAUACAAUUGAUAUGCUCGAAGUUGAACUUAUGGAUGAUAAUCGUGAACCACGGGAUUUCUCUGAUCAAUUGUUAAAGGUUCGCGAUAAAAUUAUAAAUCAGUUGAAUGGGAGCAUCAACUUGAUGGUGAAAUAUCACAUGGAUAAUUUGAAACGUGUGUCCCGAUUAAAGCGAUGGUAUUACUGGACGGCGAUACCGAAUUCGCCAUUCACUCUAGUAGUAACAUACCCUGAACCGUAUGGUUCGAAUCGCAUACAGAUUCGAAAUGAAGAUGAAAUUCAUCGGAUUCAAUUAAAGGGUGAUGUUCUUAGCUUUUUUACGGGAAACCGAUGGAGAGUGCAUCCUGACUGGCUAUAUUGCAAACAUGCUGAAAUGAGUUUGGACAUGACUCCCGAGGAAGAGCUCAAAUACUUCCUAAAUCGAACGAAAAAUACGCGGUGGAAAUGGAAAGGACGAACUAUAGUGUCGCCCGAACAUGCUGUCCAUUCAAACACAAGUACUGGGCGAACAACGACCAUUAAUGAUAAGGAUGCCUAUUCUUGCGAUCGAAGUUUGAUGCAAGAAGUGGUUGCCGACGCAAAAGUUACCGAAUGGUUCUCGAGAAAUGUGAGCUUCAGUUCAAAAGAUGGCCCUAGCCCAAUAGCCGUUUUAAUUGGCUUACUGCCAAGGAAUGAAUUUGAUCAACGAUUCGGCAUAACGACUUCGUUCUUGGCAACGCACAGUGGCUUAGUUCGUUGGAUGGACUUUCAAAAACCGAACAAUAACUAUGUGGCCGAUUCACAACCGGAUGACCCAACUGCAGACAUUUUACGAUCAGUUGAUGAAGUAUGGUAUAAACGGGCCGUUGAACAUCAUUACAUCGAUCGGGAAGGUUUCGUUUAUUCGGUGCCAUAUCAUAAAGAGAAAGACAUGGAUGUUAACAAUAUUCUAGUUACGGCGAGCCAUGCCAUUUUUCACACUGAAGACAAAAAAUCUGCUCCAAUUGCUGUUGUUGGCUAUAAAUUCCAACACUCAGCACUACGAGCACUAUUCAAAAACAUCACAAGCAAUUGUGGCGAAAAUUGUGCAAGAACAUGCUUCUCAAAUUCGCGAGAACCAGAUGUUCAAUGCUUCGUAUUAGACAAUCAUGGAUAUGUUGUCAUUACAAAUGAUCCAGUGCAUACGGGUAAAUUUUUUGGCGAUGUCGAUGGAAGGCUCAUGCAAAAUUUAGUUGCGGAAAACAUCUACGAAGGAGUUAACAUAACCGACUAUCAAGGUGUUUGCACACAAGAUGUACCCGAAGGAAGUCCAGCCAAUAUAUUACAAACGCCAUUUUUAUAUAUCUUCAAAUUACUCAAAUGGACGAUCAAAUGGAUUGCAUGGGUCCUUAUACAGAAUUCUCUAUUACCGGCCAGUGCAAACGACAUGUCGGACUAUGAUGCGUAUCUGUCUCAAUCAACAGCGACACCAUUUCCAAUGGAUGACAAAAUCAAAAAUUUGAAUAGAUCCAUAAUAAAACGCACAAGGCUAUUUUCGUGUGAUAAAACGAUAAAAUUAUACACAUUAUCACCGACAUUAAAAAAUAGAUCGAAUCCUCGUGCCCAAUCGUGCGAAACACAACCAUUUGUUGUGAUGCCGAUACCAUAUAGUAAUUUAAUAUUGUUAAUUAAAGACUUGAGCUGUCCCAUAGUCGAUAACACGGAUUUCAAAAUGUCACUUAUAGAUGAACAAUAUAUACACGUCUAUAGAAACACGUGCGAUUCAAAGGAACAAUGUUUAACAUGUUACAAAGCAACCAUUAAACUUAACCGCCGACGACCAACCAGCUGCAUUAGUCAGAAUAAAAAUGAAUCGGAAAUUCAACAGUGUGGACACGGGAACACAAUAUCAAUCAGCUUGAUUCUUCUAGUCUUAGCAAUGUUCAUCGGUCAAAUUCUUUAACAACUAUAACACAAUUGUAUUUUUUUCCAAAUUGUAUGAUAUAAAUUCUAACUUGAAAUGGGUUUUAUUUAAAUAAUUUUCUCUAUUCAUUUAAGAGCUUUUUUUUUAAUUUAAAAUCCACAAAAAACAUAGUUUUUCCAUCAAUUUGUUUUUUUAUUAUUAUUAUAGAGAUUUAUGUGACCAGCCCAACACUUCUGAAUCAUAUCGACGGAAUUUCCAAAAAAAAA